AUGGAUUCCUUACCCUACGAGUUCCUCAAAGCCAUCGUCGACAGAGUCUCGCGCCGCAAGGAUGUAUUAGGGAUUAGGACGCUAAGCAAGACGUUGUGUACGCUGGUCACGCGGCGCAUCUUCCGACAUGUCAUGGUACAGAGCACAGUCAAGAGUGCCAGAGGAUUUGAUGAGAUCCUAGGGCAUGAUACGAUCGCUCGAUCAAUCGAAGCAAUCACAUUUCUGGAGGCCUGGAGACAUGAUGAGGGUAAGUUUGUUCAAUCACAUUGA